AUGGACUAUUUCAAAUCCCCAGCAUUCACUACCCGCGUCGAGGAGCUCAUGGCCCAAAACCAUGUACCGGGCCUCGCGAUCGCAGUGGUGCAGGAUAACGAAACGGCUUCUGCUGGCUAUGGACACGCUUCUCUUGAGCCCUCGGUGCCCUGUACGGCAGAUACGCUAUUCGACAUCGCGUCAUCUUCCAAAUCGUUGACUGCAGCAUCGGUUGGGCUAUUAGUGGAAGAUGAGGGGUAUCCAGAGAUACAAUAUGAUGCCCCCAUGUCAAAACUGCUCCCCGAGGACUUCGUGAUGCCUAGUGUCGAGUACACUGAAGGCAUCACGGUGGAUGAUGUGCUAAGUCAUAGGACUGCGGAAAAAUACAGACACGACCUUUCCUACAUGGGCCCACGGGCAGCCCAGCCCGACGACGCGCGCUCCGUCACCCGGAACCUGCGGAACCUCCCCGCCGCCGCGCCCCUGCGGGCCAAGCAUAUCUACUGCAACAUGAUGUACACCGUCGCCACGCACCUCAUCGAAGCCAAGACGCAGCAGCCCUUCUCCGCCUUCCUCGAGCAGCGGCUCUUCCAACCCCUCCGCAUGACCUCCUCGAGCCUGCAGCCCGCGCGAGCCCGGGAAAGGGGGCUCGGCGACCGCAUCGCCAGCGGGCACCGCUGGGACAAGGCGACAUCGACGCACGAAGCCUUCCCGCCGCCCGACUGCCCCGAGGGCCAGGGCGCCGGCUCCGUCGUCACGAGCGCAAACGACUUCAUCAGGUGGGUUGGAGCGCUGCUGCGCCGCGAGGCCCCCAUCAGCGAGGAGGUGUACCGCGGCCUCGUGCGGCUGCGCAGCUUCCCGGACCCGGACGCGAGGGGGCUGGAGCCGCUCACGUCGCCGGACUUGUACGCCGCGGGGCUCGAGGUGCACUACUACCGGGGCCACGCGGUCGUCGGCCACGACGGCGCGAUACCCGGGUUCAGGAGCAAGUUCUUCUUUCUUCCGGGGUCUGGCUUUGGGGCGGUGGUGCUGGGGAAUGCGGAGGGUGCGGGGGCGGCGGCUGCGACGCUUUGUCGCGCGCUUGUCGAUGCGGCGAUUGGGGUGCCUGAGGCAGACAGGCCGGCGAAGGGGAAGGGGACGGAGAAGAAGGAGAAGAAGAAUACCGACAAGGCUAAAGAAGGGGAGCUAAGCAAACGAGAGACGGAGAGGCCGCCGCAAGUGACGCCCCUGAGCGCGUAUGUCGGCAGCUACUGGAACCCGGGCUACCGCUCCUUCGCAGUGCAAGUCAAAGACGACAAGCUCUUCAUCGACGGCACGGACCGGUCGAUGGGGUUUACACUGGUGUUUGAUCACGUCGCUGACCAGACGAAGUACGGUGCUCGCUUCAAAGAUGAGCACGAGGAAGAGGAGGAGGAUCCCCUCGAUGCAGAGUUUGUCUUUGAGAAUGGGAAGGCGGUUAAAAUGGGAUUGAGGUUGGAGGAUGCUAUAAAAGAGCUGAUUUGGUUCGAGCGCGAGGCGGGUUCGUGAUAGGGAUGUAGGUUACGCUUUCUUUGGUGUUUUGGAACCCUUCACUUUGAGGUCAAUUCCUUGGGAUAGUUGCUUCCACGGUGGUAUUAAGGGUGCCAAUAUUUUGCCAUAGAAAGUAUGCCUGAUAUCUAAGGA